AUGGCUCUCCCACUUCGGAUCAGAGUCAAGCCGUUUUCAUCGCCUCCUCCAACCUGUUUUAUUGUACCCGGUUGCCAGUAUUUUACUUCUCGUUGCUCUACCAAUGAGCAUCUUAUUCUGUAUUAUAGUUCUGGUGGUCCGCAAAUGGCGUCAAAACCAUCCCAACGUCUUGUCGAGUUGGUUCAAUUGCUACAAGGUCCCGCAAAUGAGACGAAUGUAAUACGUAGCGAGGCCGUAGACACGGCACUUCCAGUGGUGCCAAAUGAUACAAGUCAACAUCUUCAGGCCUCAGUCCCACCUAGUCGCCAGCUUCGCCAGUCAUCCUCCAUGUUGAUGACGUCUUCCGACCCUUUGGCUUUUUCCUCUCCAGCUAAUUGGAUAUCUGCGCAUUCCUCUGUUGCAGCAUAUACCUUAAGGGAGGCAAGGACCGUGCAAGCCCAGAAAUUCGAUAAGGGUCCAUGCAUAACAGAGUCGAAGGCAGGUUGCCACUUUAUGUUAACCUUUAUUUUUAUACGUCUUUUUUAUAUUGGUACAAUCAUUCCAUAUUAA